AUGGAUCUAUCUAAAUCCUCUCAUAUCUAUCUAUCUAUCUAUCUAUCUAUCUAUCUAUCUAUCUAUCUAUCUAUCUAUCGAUGGAUCUAUCUAAAUCCUUUCAUAUCUAUCUAUCUAUCUAUCUAUCUAUCUAUCUAUCUAUCUAUCUAUCUAUCUUUCCUCCUUCGUUCACAUGACCGAACCGAUCGUAGAAGAGACAUGAGCGACUCACGAAACAGCGCUGGAGUGUCCAUCCUUGUCCAUUCUUUGAUGUUUUUUUUAUCGACCAUUUCGACUACCUCCACCUAUAUCUAUCCCAUUCCAAGGAGAUCCCAAUUCAAAUGGUUGGACUCUCUUGGUGGUUUUUGCUAUCAUAUCUAUAAAGCAUUGUUCUCCGUUCGUGAAGGUCUUGGCCCUGAUGGUGGCUGUGCUGUUCCCCCGGUCUUUAAUCUUCUCAAUGCUCACAUCCGUUCCCUACGCUCUGUCAUUCUGGUGCUGAGACCCUGCAAUUCGGAUUUGCUUCCGCUCAACAAGUCAAUGUCAUCAGCAUAA